UAAAUAACAUCUUACUGGUAGAUUUAGAUCGAUACUUCUUUAAGAAAGUGCAGGAUAGGUAAUUUUCAAUAGUAUGCUCGAAAACCGAAGAAAUCUGUGCGAAUGGAAAGAAUUCUCAUCAUACUUAUACUUUCACUUCCUUCUGCUUUGAAUGGUUCUCACUCUUUAUGGUUACUUGCAACUUACAUUCAGGGAGAAACACAAUUUCCUAAAUUUAGUUACACAACCAUUUUGGAUGACAUCAUUGUGGGAUACUAUAAUUCAGGGGUUUACAUUCCCAGAGGGAACACUACGAAUGAAGAUGAUGUAAUUGAUUCAAAAUACAUCAAGGGUGUAAGUGACUACAUGUUUAGCUCCUUUGUGAGGAGAUCAACACUAUUAAGACCCAACCAUAACAAGAGUCUUGGAGUUUAUCAGACAAUGGUUCAGUGUAAACUGCUGGACAAAGACAAGCCUGGACAGAUGAUUACCAAAGAUGCUGCCAGUGGCUCCACCACAGAUGAGCUGUGCUACUACAACAACAGUUUUACUUAUAAUAUUGUUUUUAAUAUUACAUCAGAGGUGCUCAAACCCCAUCUUGAAGACUUCAAGAAGAAAUUCAAGACUUUUUAUUACCCAACUUGUAUAGAAACCCUCAUGAAUUACCUCAAAAAAAGAGUAGAUAACGUGAAUAGAAAAAUGAAACCCAGACUCAGACUCAUUACGAAAGCAAACACAGAUUCUGGAGGAUCACAGGUGAGUUGUUUGGCAACAGGAUUUUACCCUCGUCACAUCAACCUGACCCUGUUUAAAGAUGGGCAGCCUGUAUCUGAUCGUAAGAUCACUGGGGGAGAUCUGCUGCCCAAUGGUGACGGGACGUACCAGAUGAGGAAGACUCUGGAGAUCAGUGCAGAAGAACAGAGAGAGAAGCACAGAUACACCUGCUCUGCUACACACUCCAGUCUGGACAACAAAUUGGAUGUUUAUUUGGAUAAUGGCCAUUACAGAUUUUGGAUGGUUGGGUGUGUUGUUAGUGUCCUGGUGCUGGUGUGCAUCAUUUUGGCUAUAAGAUGGAGACUGCAAAGAUGCUGAAGACAAUCAUCUUGAAGACAGUGGAUUAUGAUUAAACAUUUGACAUCUGAGUUUUUUUAUGUGUUGCCUGUUAGGAGAUCAUACCAUCACAUCUUCUGUUUGAUUCAAUUUCAUAUGGUGCAGUAUUAAU